AUACAAAGGCGACAGUUAAAUAAUUUUGCACUCAAAGGUGGUGUUCAGAGUCAGACAAAUUGUGUUUAAUUGGUUCCGACGCGACGGAACGACCCAGCCUUCAUAUUGGCUCACAAGUCUGUUGUCCAUCCAGCCACCCAAGGCCAGACAUGUACUAUAACGGGUAACAUGUGAUCACCAACAAGAAACAUCUGUACAGAAAACCGAACAGGGGAUUUUCUAAACGGAAACGGUCGGUCUAACGCCAAACAUGACGAUCAUUAAAAUGGGGAACAGCGACAAAAUGUCAAAGGACGAUCUCGACGACGAAACCGUGGCAGGGGCCGUAAAUGCUUUCGGUGACGAGACCUCGUUACACGGGCUAAGAUACAUAAUCGGCCGUGGUCAUCUGCUGUUUCGUCUAUGCUGGCUAGCCAUCGUUGUUCUCGCUUUCGGCCUCCUCGUCAUCCAGGCGAAAAUCGUCUACGAUGAUUUCCAAAGCUCGCCGUACUCGACCAGGAUUGAGAUAGUUUCUGAGGUGGUGAAGACCUUCCCGGCUGUCACAGUGUGCAACGACAAUAAGAUGCGAAGGUCACGGCUCUAUGACACAAAAUACGAAGGCCUUGUGGACAUCGACGACGGUGAUUUACCCGAAUCAACAACAGAAGAGAGCUCGGAUAGAUCAGAAGACUCAACUGGUGCUGCCUGGCACAAUGUCCAUGACGAAUACGACUGGAAGGGCUUCUAUACUGCAUCGCAAGCCGACGACUUCAGCGACUUUAUCAACGUGGUCAAGCCAUCUAAGGACGAGCUCAACGACUACGGACAUACCCUUGAAGACUUCGUGAUCCAAUGCACCUACAAUCAGAAAACAUGCAAUCUGAGUAAGGAUUUUACAGUCCUGCAGAACCGGCAUUACGGGAACUGCUUCACUUUUAACUUUGGCAGAGAUGCCAACCAUCAAACGGUGAUGACGAGCAAAACAGGGGCAAGAUAUGGUUUACACAUGACACUGAUGAUUGACGAAGAUGAGUACAUGGGCCUCUUGGCUCCAAACCGUGGUGCCAAGAUUGUCAUCCACGCCCCUAAUACCAUGCCCUUUCCCGAAGAUGACGCCAUCAAUCUAGCGACCGGAAGUGCCAUUUACAUCGGGCUGCGAGAGGAGGUCAUAGAGCGUCUGCCAAGGUUUUCACAAUGUUCGGAUGUGGAAAGUGCCACUGUCUUUUCGAAUUCCAGUACCGACUACACUGUUCGAUGCUGCCUGACUAUGUGUUACCAGCAGAACCUGGUGGAUCGAUGUGGCUGUGUGGACGACAUCAUAUUUGAUUACAAGCAAUGCAGUGUGAUCAAUGACACGGAAAUGUCGUGUGUCUCUGAAGUCCAAGCCCUUUGCAUCAAUGAUGAUCUGCACUGUAACUGUCCUCUACCUUGCCAAGAGAGGAACUACAGAGCAUCGAUAUCAUCAGCAGACUGGCCAUCAGGGCGGUUCAGGAGUCAUCUUGUGCGAAAGUUUGUAUUCGAUCCCAAACUGCGUUCUAUCUUAGGACAAGAAGAAAUGUCCGCGAAAAAUAUGAUUCGUGUGAUGAUCUACUUCGAAACUUUGAACGUGGAGAGAGUUGAGCAAGUACCUCGAUAUACAAUCCCAAAUAUCUUGGGUAAUAUAGGUGGGCUAAUGGGCCUCUUCACCGGCAUGUCAUUCAUCAGUUUGUUUGAAGUCGCCUUUCUACUGCUACGAGUCACAAAAAUCACUUUCACCAAACUCUUCAUGGCCAACCGAGUGAAGUCGAUUGCGACCUGAUAGUACGAUCUAAGAUGAAUGGUUGUGCAAUAUCAUUAUUAAUGAUAAAGAUAAUAUUACUCCGAAUGUUAUUGGAAGAAACUUAUUUAACCAGUAUUUGUACUAAUGAUAUACCAUGAAUAUAUGGUAGUAUUAUGCGAUUUGUUUGCCGGUGGUAAAUGUAGCAAUAUGCAUACCUGAUGACUUAAUGUUUUUAGAAGAUGAGAAAGUCUACCAAACAAAGCAAAGAGAGAGUAUUUCAUCUUGACAGUUUUGGAAUAACGCAAACAUAAUCAGUUUUACAUUUUACGAAUUACUAUAUACAAAUGACAGAAUAUGUAUUUACUGAAAGAUUAAAACAAUUAAAUGUAUUCAUCAACUCGUAUUAUAUGCGUAAUAUAGCAACACUUCAUACAAAACCUCAUUCAUUAUAUAGCAAUAUCAAAUAGACAUUUCAGUAAUUUUCGUUUUGAAUAGUGCAUUGAAAACCGAAAGUUGUUGGUUUUAUUUGGGGCAGCUAUUGUUAUUUUUCCAAGAGGCUUUUGUUUUUUUACUAAAAAGAAGACCUAUUUAUAUAUUUUCCUUGAAUGGAAUUUUAAGCACCAUGGAGCUAAAACAAAUAGAAAAAGCGCUAUAUAAAUCACUGUCGAUUUUUUUUGUAAACUCCUUUUGCACUAAAUAUUCUAGAUAAUAAUACUAGCACAUCAAUGAUGUGGAGCUCAUCAUUCAUAUAUUUUUUAAAGUGUUUAAAACUAAACAUUUCAAAUGAUUUCCGAUGUAUGCGUAGGAUGGUUUUAUUUAUAAUUUUCUUAUUGAAAAUGAAAUUAAUAUAUAUGAGUAAAAACAACAUAUUCAGGCAUACUGUCAUGAAGCAUUAAGUUUCUAGAUAAAAUAAUAAAAAAAUCCUAUCCUCGUUUCGGAAGUGAACGCGAUGACCUUAAGCCUAGUAAGAAGUUGUAUUUUUUUUUUGUCACUGCUUUGGUGGAAAGUGGUUUCCGGGUUUCUGUCGAAAGAAAAUGAGAAAAUUAGAUUAAAACAAUGUUAGAAAAUUGAGAAUCUUAUUCUUGAGAGAUGAUAUUCAUUGAUGAUUUCUUUUUCGAAUGGAGUGUGAUCGAUUUCUUAGCGCUGAAAUAAUUUGAAAAAUCCCAAAUUAAUUGCUAAACAUCUUUUCAUCUACUUUAUCAAACAUAUCAAGAUUCAUUCAUCUGCAUAAAAGGUCGAAUGAUAAAGUAAAUAAUUUAACCAGGUGAUUAAGGUAAGUUUAAAAGUAAUGAAGCUACAUAGACUUCACAAUUAUUGUUUUUUUAAUUUCAUCAGAUUAGUAAAAAAAAAGCAUCUAUUCAAGGUGAAUAUGAAAUGAAAUUGCAAUUUGUUAAACAUUAUGCACAUUGAAUUUGACGUUCCGUAUUGUUCAGGAAGUCAAGUGUGUAUAUACGGGCAGCUUUAUCAAAAAGAAAAUCCCCCUCCCCCAUAACUAUCCUCACAAUCAUGGACAAAUGGGGUAUAUGGGGCAUUUAUUGUUAUUUUAAGAUGGGUUUUGGACAUAUAUCAUAUACAUGGAUCAUUGUUAGAAUAAAUCUAUAGGAGUUUGAG